AUGGCCAAGUCGAAGAAGGAUCUAGAAGGAUGGCAAUUGGUGUUUGAAGAAGAGAAGGCUGGUGUCGAUUCCCCAGUCAGAAGAUCAAGGCGAACGGCAGCAGCAACAGCAGCAGCAGUCUCAUCUGAACCAGGGAUAAGUGUACGGAGAGAUGACGACCAAUUGGUACUUAAACAAGGCGAUGUCGUUCACUUCGAAGACGCAGACGGUGUACCUACGUUAGGACUCAUUCGAGAUAUUAGAUUGGACACGGACCAGUUUCUUUCGAUCCCUGUGUUUCUCUUUGUUAAGGCGAAGGAUAUAUCAAAGGAGGUAAGCACUACUGUUAUUGAUAAUGAGGUGUUUCUUACAGUUUACCAGGAGCCCAUUCAAUUGAGUUCUGUGUUGGACAAGGUGAAGGUUGUUUCCAAGGGAGAAUUUGAUCAAGUGGUGGUUGAUAUCUCUACUUUGAACGACAUUUUUGUAUGUAGUAGGGCAUCCAAUGUAGAAGGCACGAUGUUGUCUAGCGAGUUUGACUUUAGGGAUAUGCUUAAGAUGUUUAGAGAGAGUCAACUGGAGUUCAUGGAGUAUCUUAAGUCCCAGACUGUUACUGCUGCUCGAAAGACUCCUAUGCUGAGUCCCGCUAAGAAGAGACCAUUACUGGAUGUCAUUGAUGUCACAGGGACCAAUAAGAAGGAAAAGAAAGACACCAUCAAGUCUGAAGACGGUGAUUAUCUCAGUGAUGAUAGCGACAGUUCCAGUUCUUCGGUCAUUGAGCCUGAAUCUGAAUCUGAUAAUGACGAUGAUGAUAAUGAUCUACUGGAUUCGGAAGAAGAGAAGAAAAAGAAACCAAAGAGAAGAACUGCUAAGGUUCCAGCAGUGAAGAAAGAACGAAAGAGUCCAAUAAAAUCUUCUCCUAAAAGAGGUAGAAAGCCAUUACUGCCCAAGAAACCGGCCAGUACUACCGGAUUUAAACCCAAAAUCAAGUUAUCUCCAUUGAAAUCGUCAUUCCGGUCACCUUCUCGGCCACGGAUACCGAAACCGGAGACGUUGGAGUUCAAAGAGAUUCGAGAGAAGUUGAGAGCUGGUUCAGAACGGCUUCGAAACUUACCAGCAAGAGAAGACGAAUACUUUCACAUAUUCCAUUGGUUAUCAUCUUCAGUAGAAGAGCAACAAGGUGAAUGUUUCUAUAUUAGUGGGACUCCUGGUGUAGGGAAGACAGCUACUGUUAGGGCAGUAAUAGCAGAUAUGCUUGAUAUGGCAUCUCAGAAUGAUAUAACUCCAUUUGACUAUUUGGAAAUCAAUGGGUUAAAGUUAAUUUCCCCCAAUAAUGCCUAUGAAAUCUUAUGGGAGAAGAUCAGUGGUAAAAAGGUCACUUCAAAUGCUGCCUUGCUUGCUUUAGAGAAACAUUUCAAAGAUCGAGAAGAAGAAGGGAACCAUUCUCAUGCCCGACCAUUGAUUGUGUUAAUUGACGAAUUGGAUCAAAUCGUCACCAAAAAACAAAACAUCUUGUACAAUUUUUUCAAUUGGCCCUCCUAUAAAUUCUCCAAAUUAGUGGUGAUAGCCAUCGGGAAUACCAUGGACUUGCCCGAACGGGUUCUAUCCAAUAAAAUCAGUUCUCGUUUGGGGGAGAAACGGUAUCAAUUUGUGGGGUAUACUUAUGAACAAUUGGUCCAGAUUGUGCAGAAAAGAUUGGAUGAUAUCAAGAAGAACGAUAAGAAAGUCCAAAUUAACGAUACAGCCAUCGUUCUUGCGGCUAGGAAAGUUGCCAGUGUUAGUGGUGAUGCCAGAAGAGCCCUCAAUAUAUGUCGCAGAGCAGUAGAAAUAGCAGAGAAAGAAUAUACAGACAAUAAAGAGGAACAGAUAGGGACUUAUGAAGUUGCUUUCAAACAUAUAACGAAGGCCGUGCUUGAAACAGUCAACUCCCCCACAGCACAGUUUCUUCGAAGCUUAUCGUUUGCUUCUAAACUUACUCUUGUGGCCAUGUUGAAUCAAAUUAAUAGGAAACAAAAGGCAGAGAAUGCCUUGGGGGAUGUAAUAGACGAAAUGAAAAUCGCUAUUCUGAGACUCGUGAGUCCACAUGAAGAAGAGCAUCAUCAUGCGACAUCCAUCUAUGAUCUUCUUUAUAGUUCUGGCCUACUUGAUAAGAGUACAAGUACAGCCAAUAGAAUCCGGGUAAAGAACUUCAAUUACAUUGUUACGGAGUUAAGAGAGAACGGAAUUAUCAACGAACAACCAAUCCAAAGUGAACGAUACAGAUCUGUUAAUCUUAAUGUGUCACAUGAAGAGGUCUUAUCAGUGCUAAGGGAGGAUACUGUCAUCUACAGUCUAGUAUAUGAAGCCAGAUAA